UACUCUUUGAAUGCGACCAAGGAGGGACAGCAUUCCAGCGCAGCAAAUAGGAAGGAGUAAAGGAAGGCAGCAGAUCCUCCGUGAGCUCGCUCUCAUUCAGAGGGACUGCUGAGCGCGGAACUCCACGGAUUACACGCAUUGCGAAGUGUCCGCUUUCUCCACUUCUCACAAUUUCUGCCCGUCUCACAUAAGAAGUGGAUGCGAGGCGCAAACGAGCACCAAACAACACGAAACUUGCUUCUUCCGAUUUCCGAAGUGCCAACAGCAUGCCUAAGCAAGUGGAGGUGCGAAUGCACGAGAGCCACCUGGAGCCCAUCGAGGCGGCCCCCCGCUCCAAAUGUGCCCUCAUCUGCCAGAAGAUGCGCAAGAACCUGCUCCUCACACUCACCGUUAUGGGUGUGGUACUGGGAGCAGUGGUGGGUAUGCUUCUGCGUGUGGCCUCUCCUCUUGAUGACAAUAUUGUCAUGGUGAUUUCCUUCCCUGGAGACAUUCUGAUGAGGAUGCUGAAGAUGCUGAUCCUUCCUCUCAUCAUCUCCAGUUUAAUUACAGGUCUCGCUGGCCUGGACGCCAAGUCCAGCGGCCGCCUGGGUUCCAGAGCCAUGAUUUAUUAUAUGACCACAACUGUAAUUGCUGCUGUUCUGGGAGUAAUAUUGGUGCUGAUCAUCCACCCGGGCAACCCCAAACUAAAGGAAAACCUUGGGGAGGGACUCCAGAACGACGAGGUCUCCAGUCUCGACGCCUUUUUUGACCUUAUCAGGAACCUCUUCCCUGAGAAUUUGGUCCAAGCUUGCUUUCAGCAGAUUCAGACCGUUGUGAAGAAGGUUGAAGUCCAGCCGGAUUUUGAAGAUACCAACAGCACAUUAGAUGAUUUUCUCUCUAGUGCCACGAAACCACCUCCCAUAUACAAAGAAAAGAAAUCCUUGCAAUUCAAGAGUGGAAUGAACGUUUUGGGGUUGAUCGGAUUCUUUAUUGCUUUUGGUAUAUGCAUGGGGAAGAUGGGAGAGAAGGCCCGACUGAUGAUUGACUUCUUCAACAUCCUGAACGAAAUUGUGAUGAGGCUGGUCAUCAUGAUCAUGUGGUAUUCUCCCUUUGGCAUUGCUUGCUUGAUCUGCGGCAAAAUUAUCUCCAUCAAAGAUCUGGAGGUGGUGGGCAGACAGCUGGGCAUGUAUAUGGUCACGGUCAUCAUUGGACUCAUCAUCCAUGGAGCCAUAUUCCUACCCUGCAUUUAUUUCACAAUCGUAAGGAAAAAUCCCUUCAGCUUCUUCAUGGGCAUCUUCCAAGCCUGGAUUACUGCCCUGGGAACUGCCUCAAGCGCUGGCACGCUGCCUGUCACCUUCCGUUGUCUGGAGGAGAACCUGGGCAUCGACAAAAGGGUCACUCGCUUUGUGCUGCCAGUUGGUGCCACAAUCAACAUGGAUGGCACUGCCCUUUAUGAAGCAGUAGCUGCCAUCUUCAUUGCCCAGAUGAACGGCAUCGACCUCGACCCUGGCCAGAUUGUCACUGUCAGUCUCACAGCUACACUGGCCAGUGUUGGAGCGGCCAGUAUUCCCAGUGCAGGACUGGUGACCAUGCUGCUGAUUCUUACGGCUGUGGGCCUUCCCACUCAGGACAUCAGUCUGCUCGUAGCUGUUGAUUGGCUCCUGGAUCGUUUCCGUACCUCUGUCAAUGUGGUGGGCGACUCGUAUGGUGCUGGCAUCGUCUACCACCUAUCCAAGGCGGAGCUGGAUGCCCUCGAUGCACAGCACGGCAAAUCUGACGACAUCGAGAUGAUGACCAAGACGCAGUCCUAUUAUGACGACAUGAAGAAUCACCAUGAAAACAACUCCAACCAGUGCGUCCUUGCUGCUCACAGUUCAGUCUUGGUAGAUGAAUGCAAGGUAACCUUGGCGGAUACAAAUGGCUCUACUGCGGAGUACACACUUACUGAAGAGGAGCCACUGAAUCGUGAUUAACGUCAGCGCACCUGUGCCCUGUGUCCAAUCCCCCAAGCUUUCCUUUUUGGAGAGGGAAAAGAGAGAGAGAGAGAGAGGGAGAGAGAGAGAGAGAGAGAGAGAGAAAGAGAAAAAACAUCUAAAACCAUGCAAACAGAACAAAUGAUGGGUUUGUAGUUUAGACUUCUGUUUUUUUCCAUUACCGUUUGUUUACAUGUCUGAAAUAACACCUACUAAUGCUAAACAAGGGUUAGGAUCCCACUGUCUGAUAGUGCACUAACCUGUGCCUAACAGUGCAGAGCAAAGCUUGGGAGAGUCAACAAACAAAAUAAUUUAAAUUGGAAAUGAUUCCUGAUGGUAAUAUAUACUGUAUGCAUUCUGUUUCUCUCAAACCUAUGGUAUGUGGUUGAUGGUGAGGGUGGCAGUUGAUUGCUGUUAGUGACGUAUGCAUAGGCUUCUCAGAAAGUAGGGAGAGAAUUCACAGAUAACCUAGCAGUUCAGAUUGAACUAAUUAUUGUACUGAGUCUGUACAGAGCCACUGCCCUUAUAACCGUUUACAAUAUCAUCAUCAGAGCAAUAGCCAUUCACCCAGUGACCUUGCCCCUGUUUUACCUCAUCCUGUAUGACCUCUGACCUACCUGGCACAACCUGUUUUCGCUCUGCAAUCGUCAGCCUUCUGCAGGGAGGUCCUGGUGUUGAUGUGAUAGAAGUCACUGCACAUGCUCGUAGGAAUAAAAGCACAAGCCAUGUUUAGAGUGCUCUCACAGUACUCUAUCCCCUAUCACAAAGAGCCAAGCGGGGGUCUUGGUUCUUCUGACGAGAGAUUCGUUAAGCAGUGUUUUUGAUUGUUUUUGUGUGUAGAUGGGAUUCAGGCAUAUCCACAUAUCAGAGAAUGGCCCAAACAAACAACAGACUAUGACUUAUUUGGACUGGCACUGAAAUCACCACGAUUAGUGAGCAUUGUUUUUAGACAAUUCUAAGCACACACUGUCUUGUACAGUAAACACCUGAGCCUAAUGAUGUACUGCUGAAAGAAAUACAUAAUACUUAGCACAUGAAUCAGACAAUGUAUAAAGUUAUCAAAAGUGCUGAUAUUUAGAAGAAAAAAAAACAUUUAAUUUGUUGGGAUAAAGUUAACCUGUGCAUUUGGCUUGCUUGGAGGAAACUUGCUUGAAGAAAACAAGUGUUUGAAAAUGAAGAUACACAAGCUUAAUGAAUAUACACCAAUUUAAAGAAUAUAAAAAAAUAAUAAUAUAAAAUAAUAUUAAUGUGCCCAAAUCUAAAAUUGUAAAUACCCUGAAAACCUGUAGGGUGUGAAAUCCAUGGCACAAAUAAUUUGUCCUUCAUAUUAAAUGGCCUCUUAAACCUUUUUUCUUCUGUAAUCUGUAGUAUGUAGAAAAUUAGAUACUCAGGCAAAUGAAAAUGCACUCAUUGUCAGGGAUGACACAUUCCUAAUGCAGGCAGUUAAAAUAUUUUAUAUUAAUCCCUUUUAAUAUGCUGGAGAGUAACUGUUUACACAUUCCCAGUGGGUUUACAGCUGACCACAUGCCUACUGCCUUUAGAUUCCCAAAUGCUCAUGCUGGAAGCAUAAGCUUUUUCCUGCUGACUGUUGAUCAUCUUUUCCACUUUUAAACAAAUUAAACAUGCUCUUUUUAAAAAAAGCAAGCACACUCUCCGAUAGGAAUAAUUCAAUCAAAUUUAAAAGUUCAUUUUAAGGAACAAUCUAAUGGAUACCAUUCCAGUUCAAAUAAUCUUGAUAUUUAGUUUUUUCUAAGACACUAAACAAUUGCGGAUGGAUAAGAACAAAGCUGUAAUACUGCAUUGUUCUUUAGAAGGAAGAAUGCAGGAUAUAAAGGAUAAAGCAACUGAGAAGAGAACAAGCGUGCACUAGCUAAUUAUUCUAGAGAACUGGUGAUGGUGUUCCAGCUGCGCACCUUUUGUUUGCUUCAGUUAUCUUAGUGAACCUUUAUUAGUGUUCUAUUCUUAAUGUACCUUUCUUAGUGCUCUUUCUUUCCCUCUUUGUCCUGAAAACCUUCAGCACAGGUGCAUAUCUAACCUGCCAGUCCAAGUAUGCUGCAAUACCUACUGACCGUUAAAUAUGAAAGGCUAACCACAGACAAGAAUCUAGGAAUUAUACUUACAGUCUCCAGAGUAUUGUCAUUGAACCAAAUGAUAGAUGAAGGAAUUUGCAUGAAAAACCGAUACACAUGCACAAACACCCAUACACAACCCCAAACACACACAAAAAACCACAUAUCUCUCUCACACACACACACACACACACACACACACACAUUUAAAUGUUUGCUUCUUAGGAUGUAUUUCCUAGUUUUACAAGAAGGGAUGGAUGCUAUGAAACCUCCUUUAAGCUCUGCCUUGCCUCUAAAGCAUUAACCAAUAUGCUUCACACUCACAGGUCUGAGCAGUCUUUUUUUUUCAUUGUAUGAUAUAAAAUAACUCUAUGAUGAGCACUAACCUGUAUCUUAACCCACAGCUCAUUCAGAAUUCCCUCAGUUACUUUCUGUGCUGAGAUAUUCAUCAGUACGUCGUGUUCCAGUUAGAUGUUACCCACAUCAAGACAACGUCGAAGGGUAUGUUACAUGAGUCCAGUCACGAAGGGAAAUGUCGCUGAGGUUUGUGAUUUAAAGUCAGAUAUACUGUUAUAUCAGGACUGCCAUCAAAUGCAGUGUUUGAGCUCAAUGUUAUAGAAGCAUGGACAUUUCAUGAUUUUUGCAUCCGUUUCUUUAAAGCAUGAAUUUAAAGUGCCUCCUUGCACUUUUUUGUACAUAUUGUAGGUAACAAAUUUGUUUUCAUUUAUUUUUCAGUGGAGAAACAUGUAGUGUUUAAUUGCGUGACUUUUUGUAAUCCUAUAGAAAUAUAUGUUCUAUGUAAUGCAGAAGAUAGAUUAGAAAAUGCAUAGAAAUGAGAGUAGUGAACUGCCUGUUUUAAAGCUUAAAUAGCUGUAUCUACCUGUCUCACGUAAAUGUUCCAUAUACAAUAUAGACCUCUUUUGUAUGUAAUGUAAGUUGAUUGUUCCCUACAGAAAAAGUCAUGCGUGCAUUCAUUUUCAUUGUACAUAAAUAUAAAUAUAUAUAUGAUUCACACUGUUAAAAUGCAAUGAAGAUUGUUCCAGAUGUAACAAUGAGUCUUGUUUAUGAAAUCAUAUUGAAAGGGAGAAGAGCAAGUUUGAUAUUAUAAGGAUGUUCUUCUCAUCUGGUAUGCCCCUGAUGUGUAGGUGGAUGUUAUUAUAAUGUGAAAUGUUUGUAUGAACUUUAAAAAAAAACAAAAAACAAAAAAACAUCAAAUGCAUUUCAAUAGAUCUCUAGUAACUUAGAAGCUCAGAGUAAUUUUUGGAUUGAUGUUGAUCACCAAACAUUAAGAUCUGAAAUGAGGUGCUUUGCUUCUCUGAUGGCCAGUAGCAGAUGGGGAGGAACUGCACAGGGCAGUACAGCAGAGCUCCUGUCAUUUGCUCCACUGCAUCCUGCAUUUUUUGGGAUUAGAUCUGAUGGAUUAGAUCACAUUUGUGUCCAACAGGGACGCUGCUUUUAAAGUCAUAACUCCAAAGGCUGCUGAUCCCCUCAUGCCACUAGAAGAUGAAACUUCUCAACCCUCUUUGUAGACACUGGACUUGGUUAAGCCUCAAUCCCUGUCGUUUCUAUUGUUAUGGUGGUCUUUUACUUCUCAAAUAUAUAUAAAGCCAAGCACGUCCCUUUUCACAAGCCUGGAUAGAGACACGUACAACCCCACAUGAUCUCUUAUGUACUACAGAGUACCACAGGACUUUAUUUUAUUCAGCAUACAUAUUCUUAAUGCUUCUUACCACUUAGAACAUCACGAGUAGAUAUGAUAACCUGUUCCACCUUGGGACCAUCUGUUCUGUCCCGCCUUUUAUGUUAUUUUAUGACUUUCUUUUUUUUCUUUAAAAAUGUAAAAGGAAGGAGAAUAAGUAAGAAAACAAAUUAAGGAAAAAAACCUUGUGGAAUAAAAGUAUGUUCGUACAUAUCAGUGUGUUGUACCAUUGGUGUACAUACAAUUAUGAUAACUAAUAAAUGUUGAUUCAUAACUAA